AGUACUUUUUGCAAGGAUGGAGUUCGGUGACUGUAUGAAAGAUGUUUUAAUGGUAAAUGAAGAUUAUAUUAUGAUAAAUACAGGAUCUUGGGGUAUAGUUCCCAAAGAUAUCUUCAAUCAUAGAAUGAAUCUAAUUAGACUUCAGGAAGAGAAUCCUAGAUAUUUUUUUUGUGAGAAGCAUUUCGAACUAUACGAAAAAAAUACAAGUCUUGUUGCUAACUUUGUGGGGGCCGAUGAGAGAAAUAUUGGUAAAACAUUCCAAUAUACUAAUAUUAAUAAGUAGCUUAUACAGUUAAAGCUUAAAUAUAUAUGUUUAUAACAGUUUUAACAGACAAUACAACACACGGAAUCAACAGCUGUUUAAUAUCCGUACCCCUUUCUGAAGGGGACGCUAUUUUGGUUCAUUCGUUCAUCUAUUUAGCUACUUUGAAAGCAACUGAGAAAAUCGCUAAACAACGGGGUUUCAAAGUUCGAAAUGUGGAUAUUAAACUGCCUAUUAACGAUGAAGAAGAGUUUGUUCAACUUUUCGAACAAAAGCUCGAAAACUUUCCAGAUAUAAAAAUGGUCAUCAUAGAUCACAUUUCAAGUUCUGUACCAAUACUGUGGCCGGUUGAGAAAUUAAUGAAACUAUUUAAAGAUAGAAAUAUUAUCGUUCUUAUAGAUGGUGCACACGGACCUGGACAAGUUUCUUUGAACUUAACAGAGCUCGACCCCGAUUUUUAUAGUGCAAGCCUGCAUAAAUGGAAUUUUGUUCCAAGAAGUUUCGGGAUGUUGUACGUUAAGGAGAAGUAUCAUGAAGAUUUUUAUAAUAUUAUAAGCGGCGCUCGUUAUGAUUGGAAACCAUUUAGGAAACGAUUCCAAUACUUGUCAGCAAGAGAUCAAACUAGCCUGUUUUGUUUUGAGAAAUCGAGGGAAUUUGUAGAAAAAGUCGGAGGAAUGGAUAAUAUUAUAAAAUACAAUUCAUCAUUAAUGAAAGCAGCAACAAAGAUGUUAGUAGAAGCGUGGAACACAAGUUAUUUACCAGUUCCCAAUAGUAUGAUGGCUCCAAAUAUGUCCUUGAUAAAAUUGCCUUGUAUGAAGAAAUAUCCAAUUCCGGAAGAAGCUAAAGAAAUUCUUUUUACAGACUAUCCCGAAUUGCUCUUUAAACUGAACGAAGAAUUUCACAUAAAUACAUCGGUAUUUUGUCUAAAUGGCGAAGCUUGGAUAAGAAUUAGCAGCCAGAUAUUCAAUUCUAUGCAUGAAUAUGAGAAAUUACGGGAUGUCAUAUUAACACUUUCAAACGAAUAACUAUGAAUAACGUUAAUCUUUCUUGAUAGAGCUAAUAGUUUUGUAUUACUUUAUAGCUUCCUCUCUAAUAGCUUCUGAUAUCUUACUCUCUUCUUAAGAAAGUUCAAUUGGAUAGCAAUUUUUCAAUUAUUAAAUAAAUACAAGUAUUAACGUAUCUAUCCAUCAAA